CUAAGUGUGGAGCAGUGAUGUAAUGUGUAUGCAGGUAUAAAUAUAGAGGUCUGGCUUUGCCGAGUCCAUGCAGAUCAAUGUCGCUCCCGGGCGCUGCUGCCUGCUUCGCUCUGCUUCUCGCUCUUCUCUCUUCACUGGAGAGUCGAACACUGGGAAGCUGCUCUCACAGACGGAGCCGGGAUGGGCUCUCUGACCGCCCUGCGGACCGUCCUGGUGCUUGGCCUGGUUGGCAGACUGGCAGGAUGCGCUCCCGGCCUGAACGGCACGGCGGACCGCUGGGAAGCCCUUUACUCCCGGUCCCUCGCUCGAAUCCAGGGGGAGAAGCGGGAGGAGAGCGGCCGGGACAGCGACUACCUCCUGGGCAUUAAGAGGUUGAGGCGGCUCUAUUGCAACGUGGGGAUCGGUUUUCAUAUCCAGGUGUUACCAGAUGGCAGAAUAACGGGAGUACACAACGAACAUCGUUACAGUCUCCUGCAGAUCUCUCCGGUGGAGAGAGGAGUGGUGACCUUGCUGGGCAUUCGUAGCGGACUUUUUGUGGCCAUGAACCGACGGGGAAAGCUGUACGGAUCUUUACAUUACAACAACGAGUGUAAGUUCAGAGAGACGCUCCUUGCCAACAACUACAAUGCUUACGAGUCAGUUGCCUACCCAAGGAUGUUCAUCGGCCUGAGUAAGAACGGCAAAACAAAACGAGGAAACAGAGUGUCACCCGCCAUGACAGUGACACAUUUCUUGCCAAGAAUCUACUGGCCUCAUAAAUAGACCACCUCAAUUUUGAGAUUCGGGAAGAACUCCAACAUGAGAUGCACUUUCACUCUAAGUUUUAUGCAAGUGUAUCAUAUUUGAUUUUCUGCUAUGUAUAUAUUCAUUUUUUAUAUAUCUGUGCCUGAAAGCUAUUUUCUAUUUAGGAAGUCUUUUUCACUGUUGGUAGGAGAUGUAAAAUGUGUUAUUUAUGCUGCUCUUGUCAUUGGAAGAUUUGCUUUUAAUUAAUUAAUUUAUUUAUUUAUUUUUCUGACACAGGAAAAGGGAACAGCAAAAUACAACAUUUAGAGCUUUAAUAUGUUCUUUUUUCUGUCUAUGCUUGAAAAAAAACAAACGAGUUUCUUUGGUGUGAGAAACAGCACUGAUUGCUUAAUGCUCCAACUCUUUGUGUGAGGCACUGGACCCUAAUUGAAACAGUAUCAUAUUACUAAAGGAAGAGAGAGGAUGGAAGGAGGGGAGAGUCUAAGACCCCUAUCAACCACUUCUGGUCUGUUUAUAGCUCUGCCAGCGGGAUGAACUCUGAACUUUUGUGCUGUCAGUCUCAGUGAGAUCUAUAAGUCGCAAAGAGAGAGAGGGAUCCUCUUUGAUGUCAUGUUAGUAGAUAAUAUGGAGGUUUAAAGGCAAAGUGAAAAAGCUGAAAUUGAAGUGGGCUUCAUGAUACUGCAUUUGUGUCUGUUUGGACAUCUGGUUACGCAGAGUGAAGGAUUUUGGGUAUGCAACCAAAGCAUGCAUGCACAUAGACCAAAGGGGAUGACACUGUGCAUAGGUUGAAAGCUAACUGGUUGCGUAGUGUGCCUGAACAGCAAAGGAAGCAGCAGUGAAGUUCACCACAUAGUUGCCUGAAAAGCAAGGGCAGUGCCUGAAUAAACUCUUUUCAACACCAAGGUCCUUUACUGCAUUUUUAUGCAGACUUGCCGAUCUUCUUUUAAGCACAUGCGUUUGCUCUUGCCCUGGUGCGUAACAGCACCAAUGCAAAAGAACACUUUAAGGUCUCUUCACCACUCUGGGAACUCUGAGAAGAGGUCACAGUAGGACUAUUGUUUAUCUAAUGUACUUGUCUGAUAGAUAUGUAAAAGGGAAGUAAGGAGUGGCUCUGAUAGGUUUAGGACAGUGAAGGAAAGUGUCAGUCUCUUGUCUCCACUAAUACUGUAUGUCAAGACUAUCCUACUUUUAUAAAUGAAAAAUAACUCAGGUUAAA